AUGCCUCUACACAAGACGAACGUUGAAAAAGGCGGUGCGAAGCGUUUUCAGCAUAUCGACACAAGCUCGCUGGCUUUCGAGACCGGCUUUGCAAGCUUCGCGCUCGAGGAGUUCCCCAAGUACCAGUUGCGAGCCGAGCCGAUGCCGUCGGCUGUUGCCGAAGGUAUCAUUACGCAGGAGCUGGAGCUAGACGGUAACCCUGCACUAAACCUGGCAUCCUUUGUGACGACGCGCUUUGAUGAAACGACGCACAAGCUCUGUGAUCGCAUGCUUCCGGUGAACUGGAUCGACUUUGACGAGUAUCCGCAAACCGUGGAGAUCCACAACCGCUGCGUCAAUAUCAUAGCGAACCUUUUUCAUGCUCCUCUCGAGGAGGGUCAGCAGGCUGUUGGCACCAGCACUGUAGGCUCCUCUGAGGCGAUCAUGCUGGCGGUGCUCGCGAUGAAGUGGCGUUGGCGAGCAGCUCGCAAGGCAGCCGGCAAGGACUACGCACGCCCGAACAUGGUGAUGGGUUCAGAAGUGCAGGUCUGCUGGGAGAAAGCGACUGCUUACUUUGAUGUGGAACCACGCUACGUACCAUUGCACGACGAUGUAUACGUCAUGAAUCCGGAAAAAGCUAUAGAGCUUUGUGAUGAGAACACCAUCGGAAUUUGCGGCAUUCUAGGUACCACCUACACCGGACAAUUUGAAGACAUUGCCACUUUGGACGCUCUCGUGACGCAGAUGAACGAGCAGAAGGGUUUUGAUAUCGGUAUCCAUGUAGACGCAGCAUCAGGAGGCUUCAUAGCCCCGUUUUGUUACCCCAAUCUCAGGUGGGACUUUCGUUUGAAGAACGUGCGUUCUAUCAAUGUUUCGGGGCACAAGUACGGUCUCGCGCCCUGUGGCAUCGGAUGGCUCAUUUUUCGCAGCGCUGCGUAUCUGCCGGAGGAGCUCGUCUUUCACGUCAAUUACCUGGGCGCGGACCAAGCCUCAUUCACCUUGAACUUUUCACGCGGUUCCGCUCAGAUUGUGGCGUCAUACUAUUUGCUGUUGCGCUUAGGCCGUCGGGGAUACCAGAAUCUAAUGCACACCCUGAAAGAAUUGGCUUCGUACUUUGCAACACGUAUCACGGAGGAUGGGCGUUUCCGCCUGCUUAGUGACAACGAAAGCCUGCCCUUGGUUGCGUUUGCGAUCCCAGAUGACCAGCGCACGAAACUGGGUUUUGAUGAGUUUGCCAUAGCGGGAGAGUUACGCAAACGUGGAUGGAUCGUUCCCGCGUAUACGCUGGCACCGAACCUGCAGCACCAGAAACUGCUGCGGGUGGUGGUGCGGGUCGGUUUUACCCGCGAUCGGGCAGAUAUGCUGGUCCAGGAUAUUCGGGCCGCAUAUGAUCAUUUAGUCGCCAUGGCUGGACUGUUGAACCUAUUUGGACAGGGCCUGGCUGUGGACGAUACGGCGUCGACAAAGAAACCGGAAAGCGAGCAUACCGCCACCGCCCUCGGUAAGAUGCUGCACGGCAACAAGUCGCUACAGGAACACGCGGAAGAGCUGCGGCGAACGCACGAUUUACCGGGAGCCCGCCACCUCAUUCAUAUGCAAAAUUGGGGAACCAUUCAUGCGAAAGAGGGCACCAAGGAUGCGGAACCGCGUCGCUCGCCUGUGGACCGCCACCAACGGCACAAGAAACGCAGCGGUGCUGUAUGCUGA